AUGUCCGUACGAGGAGCCUUGUACACAAAGAAAUCAGAAAAUGAUAUGAUGGUAGUCGUUCUCUAUGUCGACGACCUCAUAUUCACCGGAAGCAACACAAAACUGAUUGAGGAGUUGAAGGAGAUAAUGAAGAAGGAGUUCGAGAUGACAGACUUAGGUUUGAUGAAAUAUUUUCUUGGCCUAGAUGUGAAGCAGUCGUAUGUAGGGAUUUGUAUAUCCCAAGAGAGGUAUGCGCUUGAAAUUUUCAAGAAGUUUAAAAUGGAGGACUGCAACCCAGUUUCACUUCCAAUGGAACCAGGCACUAAAGUCUCAAAGUUUGAUGGAGGAGAACGAGCUGAUGCUGGGAGAUAUCGAAGCUUAGUCGGAAGUCUAAUGUAUCUUACAAGCACGAGACCCGACCUAAUGUUGAGUGUUGGGAUAACAAGCAGAUUCAUGGAGGAUCCAAGCUAUACACAUUGGAAGGACUUGAAGAUAAUUCAUUGA